UAUCACCCUAUCCUUACAACCUUUAAUUUUCUUCUCUACUCAAACUCUUCACUCUCUCAUCAAUUUCACUUUAGGGUUUUAUGGCCAUGAGUGAAACCAUGCCACCGGGGGGGCCGACUGAUUGGGCGCAGUUCUAUCAGCAUAACUUAGCUCACGCGCCGCCGCCUCCGCCGCCGCAGCAGCAGCAGCAGACUAACUUCUUUGGUGGCGGUAGGGUGUCUGAAUCCACGGUGGUUACCACCACCGUGACUUCCCCUACGGCGCCGCCCUCGCUGGGGCAGCUGAGCCCCGAGGGGCUGGUGUCGAAGCCGGCGCGCCGCCGCACCAGGGCUUCCCGGAGGACGCCGACGACGGUUCUCAACACCGACACCGCCAACUUCCGCGCCAUGGUGCAGCAGUUCACCGGCGGCCCGGCCCUGGCCCAGCAGGCCCAGUACCCAAUCCCCAGCGGCUCGAACCUGAGCUUCGGGUUCGGGCUCGCCAGCAAUCUCCCUCACCACCAGCACCUCGUGAAUCCUACUCCGGCGAGAACGACGGGCGGCUACCAGCUUCAGUUUCAGCCGCCGCAAGGCGGCGGCGGCAGUGGCAGCGUCGGUGUCGGCGGCACCUACAUGCUCGCCUCCUCGAACCAGCAAAGAGACGGCGGCGGCUUUCUCCACCGCCCCAACGGCGCCAUGGGGCUCGGAAUCUCAACCUCCGACGACCAUAUAACCACCCUGGACGGCCAUUCAUUCCCGCUCCACACUCACAGAGGAUCUUCCUCCUCCUCCGGGAACGACAACCGGAAUGAAACCAACAAUUACAUGUUUUAAAAACAUUAAACAUCGAUCUUGAAAACAAAUCAAAGGUCGUCGUCGUCAUCAUUGACAAAACAUGUGCAGGCUAGACGGUGCUGACUUUUCAAAAGCACGCCGCGCCGUUGGAAUGAUUAAAAAAACCAAACCCUCGUGUAAAUGGACGACAAAGGUUACUAUGUUUUCCGACGUAUAUGUCGGCGGCUAGACGUUCAACUUUUUUUUUUUUUACUACUUGUGCCCCUCGUUUUUUUCUUCCUUUAUUCUUUAGCCUCCCUUUUAUGCCCCUAUGGCAUUCCCUUAAUUUACGUUGUUAAAGUUAACUAAUUACCAUAAUCAGUGUUAUGCUCUCA